AUGACUGACCAGAUCGAUACUAAUCACAACUAUCCGCUUUACUCGGAGGACCAUCCUAAGUAUGGCAGCACAAAUAAUGUGGUACCCACGAUCCAGGUGCCGGCGGAGGCACACACCAAGGACGUACCUCAAGGACUAGGCUUGGACAACUUUGCAUCUGAUAUCGCAGCGAAAUAUCAUGCCCAGCGUAAUGUACGCAAAACUUCAAGGGCUGGACCCGACUUUAGAGAGUUCCUCAAUCGACGGAAUCAGCGACAAGACUCACAGUCCACGCUGGUCGACUUUGCGCGCCGCCCAUCGAGGACGAACGAGGGAAAGUUCCGACUUCAAGUUGUUCCUGAUGACUCGUUCCCACCGAGUCUCCUCAGGCCCGGAUCUUCACGCCGUGGCUCAGCUAAUUCACGACCCGAAAGUUCGGGUGGGCCGACCAGUCCUCCAACAAGUCGUCCAACAACACCCUUGAAAGCAAGUCCCGACAUCGGAUCCCGCUCACCACAUCUUGGUGGAGGUGAAUGGGGUGCUUUCAACUGGAGGCCAGAUAUCAAUCCCAUCCAACCUGUCCACGCGAAACUNAAAAGAUUGGACUCCGAUGCAACGCUUGUCGAUACUGGAUCAUGGAGACGAGGAUCCCGUCAAGGCUCUCGUUCAGGGUCUCUCACCGAGGACCCAUUCAGAAGAAAAUCCGACUUGUCUACGCUGGACGCACUUCCAAUUAUUAGACUACGACAACCGUCGUUCUUUCAGCCUAUAAUAGAGAUCGAUCCCUUGGUCGGAAAGGACCGCGGGCUAUUGAUUGGAGGCGUGAAGCCUUUGGAUCCCGAUCUUGACCAAGAGAAGGAUAACAAGACCACAGAACCAGAGCUGGCAGUCGUGGAACCUCAGACAAUCACGGAAGAGCUUAAAAGCACGCACCAAGAGCAAGUCGUUCCCACAACACAAGAAACCUAUAUCACUACCACAUAUCCGGAAAUUGCAGACCCGGUUGACCCUUGCCGCAACUUGACUCGCAAUGAUCUGAUCAAACAGCGCGUUGUAUUCAGCAGUAACAUCUUUGCUAUCAACGUUGCUAUGCUGGUCUUUGCGCUCUGGGCCCCUAGAGCAAUCUCUGGACGCUGGGUGCUGUCGUUCAUUGUCUUCAUCAAGUCCAAGGAUUGUAUUUCCUCGCUCAUCAGCUGCGGCUAUUUAAUCUACAAGGCAAUCAAGGAAUACUUCAAGCCACCACCCCCAGUUGAAUCCAAAUGGAUUCUCUCGUUGAUUCCCGCAUACUCCGAGUCGGAAGAGAUGAUCAAGAAUUGUGUCUUUUCGUUGCGAGACAACGAUGCGCAACCGCACAAGCAAGUCAUGUGCAUCGUUCUGGAUGGUAAACCAAGAGAUGUCAAGCAGUAUAUGCGCAUCACGACCACUUUCAAGCGUCAAUAUGUCACAUCGAGGUUCAAGCGCAAUCACCUAGUCAUUACGGCCGGGUUCAUGGAAGAUGUGCCGGUCAUUGUCUUUGAAAAGGUCAAGAAUGCAGGCAAGAAAGACUCGCUCAUUCUGUGCCAUGACCUGUUCAAUGUGAUGCGUGAAGAUGCGCCUUUGUACACGCGGCUGCUACGCAAGGAAAUUGAGAAGAACGUGCUGCCCACGCUUGUCGGCGAGGACUUUCCUGGCUUCGAUAUGGUCUUCUGCACGGACGCCGACUCGGUCAUUCACAAAGGUGCUGUAGCAGGUCUGGCGAAUGCUCUCGUCCGCGAUCCAAAGGCCAUUGCUUCCUGCGGCUUGGUGUUGGUUGAGCUCGAAGCUGGUGCAGAAUGGUCAUACUGGAAUCUGUACCAGCAAUUUCAGUUUGUUCGCCGACAAGCUGAGAGUGUCUGGGGAAAAGUUACAUGUCUUCCUGGAUGCAUCACCAUGGUUGCAGUGCGACCUGAGAUGGCAGGAGCCAUGACCAAAUACGCAGCUCCCAUUACUGCGUACCCGGUUCUCUUGCAUCAAGUCCAGUAUCUGGGAACCGACCGAAGACUGACAUACUCGAUGCUUUCUCAAAGCAAAGACUUGCACACAGUGUUUGUGCCGGACGCCGUCAGUGAGACUGUGGCACCGCAAUCGCUCAAGCACUACCUCAGUCAGCGAAGACGUUGGGGCAGCAAUGCAUAUUUCAACAACUACUUUUACUUUGCCGGUGAAAACAUGAUCUGGAUCACGCGAUUGUGGGCGUGCAUCGAAGUGACCAGACUCAGCCUGGUAUACUACCGUGUGGCCAACACGGCUCUUUUCAUCUACGGGCUUAUCAACAGCUUCAAUCUCAUGUCCAUCAUCCCACUAUUGGUGGUCUCGCAACUACCGACAAUCUGGUUCCUGGUCAAUACAGCGACCAACAAACAGCUUCGUCAACGAGCACACAAGAUCUUGUUGGGCUUGUGCAUCAACAAGGUCAUGGCGCCCAUCAUGUCUGUUGCCGUCUUUACAAUCGUCGUCAAGAACCUGGGCUCGCAAGCAUGGGGACUGACUCAUGGUGCGACGACUGCAGCACCAGCUGCAGUGGCAGGAGCGGCCGAGACAGAGAAAGCUCGUACAGAAGAAGGACUUCUCGACCAAUUCAAACCUCGCAACGGCUCGAUCAUGUCCAUCAUCACCGAGGAAUCGACCAUUGGGACAAACACACCCAAGGCCGACUCGAUAGCCGGCCAAGACAGAGAGGGCGAAUCGGAGGUCAACGAGAUUGAUGAGGUUGACCCCAGAGAGAAGAUUGUAGGCCAUCUCGCAGCAGGACUGUGA